UCAACCUUUUUUUUGGGGGAGCCUCCAGUAUCAUCGUUUGACCCAGAUAUAAUGGAUGUCGUUGUGGACACAUUGGAGAAGAAAUAUAAUGAGCUUUUAACAUCACUAGCCAUUGUGCUAGAGACUAAUGGUGAUGAAAAAUCAGAAGGUGUAGAUUCACAUCUUGAAAGUUUCCAAAAGAGUUUUUUAUCCUUCCAAGCUUCUUGUGAGGAAGCACAAGAGUUUGUUGAGAGUUUGAAGCAGAGUUUAGGAUGUGAACAGUUUCAAGAACAGGUGUUUGAUAGUGAUUCUCUUCCUACUAUGAUCGAUAAUGAGAAAUCGUCCAAGACAGAGAUAUAAGUACGUGAAUAAUAUUCCAGACAAGUUGUUAUGAAGCGUCAUUAGGCUAGCUAAAUCAUAAUGGACCUUUUGAGAGUGCGAACAAUUUGUAGUUUCACACUUGUUUGUUUUUGAGAUAUUUGACUAAAGAUUAGUUUAUUAUCUAUGAUUUUAUUUUAGCA